CGAACGAUGUCGCUAGUUGUGACGCGCUAACAGCUAUGACCAGCAUUGUUCAGUUGGAUAAACACGCUACACAAUGUUACCACUCUGGACAGAAUUAUCCCACAACGUAAACAGUGCUGUACACGUUGUUUCCACUGUAAAACCAUGAUGCAAUCUCUAAAGCUGUAUUACGUUGUCAUUAGAAAAUACGCUUAAGAUAAAUGCUGCGGAAACCAAGCCGUGUCGUUCAAACCAGGAGCAGAACCUCUGUGAAGCCCCCCUUCCAGUGCUCUCCCGUGUUCGAGGGCGUGUACAACAAUGCCAGGAUGCUGCACUUCAUCACAGCCGUGGUGGGUUCUACCUGUGAUGUCACAGUAAAGAAUGGCAGUGUGUAUGAGGGCAUCUUCAAGACUCUCAGCUCAAAGUGUGAGCUGGCAGUGGAUGCUGUCCACAAGCGUGGGGGGGAGGAGGCCCCCGCCCAGGCCCCCCCUCGGAGAGAGGACAUCACAGACACCAUGAUCUUCAGCCCCUCAGACCUAGUCACCAUGAUCUGCAGAGACGUGGACCUCAACUUUGCCACCAGAGACUCGUUCACAGACACCAGCAUCAGUGGCAGCAGGGUGAACGGGGAGCACAGGGAGAAGGUGUUGCAGCGCUGGGAGGGAGGAGAGCACAACGGAGAGACCUUCGACCUGGAGAACGAUGCUUCCAACGGCUGGGACGCCAGUGAGAUGUUCCGCUUUAACGAGGUCAACUACGGAGUCAAGUCCACCUAUGACUCCAGCCUGUCUAUGUACACUGUACCUCUGGAGCGGGGCAGCACGGAGGGGUUCCGGCAGCGGGAGGCGCGCGCCGCACGCCUGGCCAGUGAGAUCGAGUCCAGCCCCCAGUACCGCCAGCGCGUGUCUCUGGAGAACGAGGAGGGGAAGAGCGAGGAGGACAAGUACAGUGCUGUGCCACGGGAGGAGAGGGAGAGGGGGAGGGAGAGCCCAGGCGUGGUCAGCAGGGAGGGCAAGUAUGUGCCCCUCCCCCAGAGAGCGAGGGAGAUGGGCGUUCCAGGCAGCGUGAGAGGAGACAGGGGGGAGAGAGGAGACAGGGGGGAGAGAGGAGACAGGGGGGAGAGAGGAGACAGGGGGGAGAGAGGAGACAGGGGCCCCGGCGGGCCUCCCUCACACAACCGUAUGAGUGUGGGCUACCGCUCCAGCGCCCCCUCGGCCUCCCCAAGACCGCCUCCGGCCUCCGGCCCCCAACCCCCCCCCUCAGAGCGCAGCAGCCCUCUGCCUGGCCGAGGCUACGGCCCCCACCUCCCCCAGGGCAGCCCCAGCCCCGGCCCAGCCUCCCCCCCCCGCCCCACACAGCCACGCCCCGCCGCACGCACACUCGGACACGGAAGACCAGUCAACGGAGUGUCGUCCAGGACCUCCCCCAAGGCCCAGAGGCCCCAGGCCAGCAGGACAGGCCGCUCCUCCAACCCUCCCGCCCACUCCACAGCAGUCUGA